AUGGAUGAGAACAUUGGCUUGCAGCACGAGGGCUCGUUGGCUGGUCUGGCUGCAUCGCCUGCCUCCCACCUGCUCGCAAAUUUCCAAACCUACGACCCGAUAUCCCGAGCUAAUUCGCCUGGUGUUCCAUACCCCAAAGCUGAUGAAGACGACAAGAAGCGCUAUCGACCUCGCACAUUCGCCUACUUUCAACAGCUGCCCUUUGAGGUUGAGGAGGAGAAGGAACGUGAUGCUGCCCUGAACGGCAUUCUCAAACAGCUCUACAUUGCCAUCAAGGCAGAAGACUUCUCCCCGGGUGCUCUGCAUUGGACCCGUGAGCUGCAAGCUUGGCUGACACUCAAGUUUGAGAUGACGAGAGAGCUUCGAGCCAAGCUUGCACACCUGUACUAUUCGCUGGCGCUGGCGCCAGGCUUGGAUACCAACACUGCCGACCGCUUCCUGCGCAUGGUGUUGACCUUGACACGAAAAAAUCACUACCUCAAGCCCGGAGACGACCUUACUUUUGACUGGAAGCCGUUAUGGCACGAAGUCAAGGGCGUUGUUCUGCCUUCGGAAGUCCCCUCUCUCCAGAGCGGGCGGAGAAGACCUGCCAAACAGCUGUUGAAGCUUUGCACGCACGCCCACGCCUAUUUCGACCCCAGAGACCGACCCGCAAUGCUACAAGAGUUUCUCCCAUUCUUCAGCAUAAAUGAUAUGCCCAACGCCUUCAUUGUCGUGGGCCUGAUCAAUUCGUUUCUCCCUAGUCAUCCGGCACCCCAGAAGGACGUUGCCGCCCAGCCCCAAGAGUUUCUCCCGACUCUCUUUCACCUCUGGUCCAUCAUGAACAGGUCAAAAGUUGUCGAUAUCUGUCUUAUUGACUUGUUUUCCCGCCUUGCCCGAGACCACACCAACUGUAAACAUGUCCCCUUUGGAGCUCACGGCAUCUUUACGAAACCUCAAUCAGACCUUAUAUUUACAGCCAUCUUACGGUUGACCCAGAUCCCCGUUGGGCAAGCCAAUUCACCCUACACGGCUCUGGAUUACCUUGCUGGCGCAGGGGGGUAUUUGGAGAAGGACUCCAAAAAGCACCCGGUUCCGUACAUGAUGGCCCGCUUGAUUGUGAGCUCGCUUUCGCCGAGUUGCAUGGACCAAGAAGACUCCAUCAUGUCUAGCCUGGAGGGGUUGAUGGAAUCCAUCGAUACAUUUUUUCAUCCCUCGAACCAGGGAAACUGGACCAACAUGCUGGGUCAACUGACGCUGUAUCUGGCGGAAGCCUUUGUCUCGAGAUGGAAUCGUGAGCAGAGCUCGGAGCUAGACACGCCCGAGGGCCGCAAGAUCAGCCCGGCCUUGAAGAGGAGAUUCGUCGCCGCUUUGAAGGAGGUUACCUUUAUGGGGCUAUUUUCCAAGAGCAACCGCGUGUCAAACUGUUAUUACAAUGCUCUGCAAGGGCUCGCCUAUCUCGAGCCCGACCUGGUGCUCCCUGGCGCGCUGCAACGUUUCUACCCUAGUCUCCAAGGCCUUGUCGAGGUGCAUAGAACAACGUCGAGUCUAAACAGCCUUCAGAUGAUUGCGCACAUCAUGUCCAAGCUCAAGGGUUAUCGAUGUCACAUCACCGCGCUACUGGCAUUGGCUUUGCCAGGCAUUGAUGCCAAUGAUCUCAACAAGACCCAGUACACCCUCAACUUUAUCCAGAGCGUGGCCUACAGCAUACCCUUUAUGCCGCUGACAAGCAAAGACAGCCAUAUUCAUGACACCACUCUGGCCAUGCAGUGGGUCCAAGCCGAGAUGGAUCGAAUGGAGCGAGACGGCCCCAAUGUGAAGAUUGAUUACGCUAAUGAACUUGCAGACGAAGACGAAGCCAGUAUUUUGCGAUCGUCGACCGCUGGCUUCGGGGAGUUCAUCUUGACCCUGUUGGGCAAGGUCUUUACUCUGCUUGAGAAUCUGCCCGACGCCAACCAAGUCCGGGGAGGUACGCCGGAAGACAACGUGGUCAACGCCCUACCAGCCGCGCUGUCGCCCUUGUUUGCAUCACUGUCCCCGGAUUUGUUCGACAUGGCCCUCGAAAAGCUUGCUACUUUUGUUUCCAGCCAUGUUGUUCACCAGGCGCGUGACGCCAUGGCAUGGAUCUUGAAUGCCCUUUGCAAGGUGAACCCCGAGAAGACGCUCAAGGUCUUCGUCCCCAUGCUUGUCGUCAACAUUCGCAACGAAAUCGACUACAACCACGCGGCGUCAGAUCGUACCACCGGCACAGACUACCUGCCUCGGGAUCGGGCGUUGGUGUGGCACAUCAGCAUGCUCGCCAUGACCGUGGUGCAUGUGGGCGGCGAAGUUUUGAAAUUCAAGGACCAGCUGCUCGGCAUCGCGGUGUACAUGCAAGAAAAAUGCCGCGGUCUCCCUACGAUUCUUGUCUCCAACUACAUCCACCAUCUGCUACUCAACCUGACCAACACCUACCCGAUUGACCACGCUCUCUAUGAGCCGGAUGUGAUGGACCGUGGCUUGGACAUUGACGACUGGGGAAAGACGACUCCCCCAGCAGAGCUUACGAUUCGGUGGCAUCAGCCAUCUCCUCCAGAGAUUGAAUUCGCCGUCGAACUUUUCGCUUCACAGACAAGAUCGACGGCCGAGCAACUAGAACUCCUCUUCAGUGAUAACCCGCCAGUGAGCAGAGCCGGAAAAAACAAGGAGUGGUCAGACGAGGUUUCACGGCUGAUGCAACAGAUACGGCUGGUCAUAUCGGGCAUGUCAACAAUGUUCGACCCCAAGCGCGCAUCUGGUGAUGAUGGAACCGGCGCCAACGGAAGGACCGGCCGCGCUACUGAUGCUGAAGGUGACGCUGGGAUGGGGGACGACGAUGACAGCUUUGAAGAAGAAGAAGCCGAAGAAGAGGAGCUUCGUCCGCAGUUCAAGUACAAGUCGGGUUAUUUCUUAAAGCCGGACGACCCCGUUUACCGACGAAUACACGACCUUCGCGAUCAGCUUGGCCACAUCCUCACCAAGGCUCACGCAUUCCUCACGGAGAAUCAGGAAGAUGAUGUCAGCUGUUCGACCGCACUUUGCAACGCCUACCGGACUUGGAUUACAGAUGUCGGCAUCGAGCGUUCUGCGCAUCCCCUGGAACGGCAUCUUCGCCUGUACAAGGCGGACAUCUCCGCCUUCAAGAUCAAGGGUCUUCGCAAGGUGUAUCCGCGCCCCUUGCUGAUCAAGAGAGCUGAGGCGUAUCAGCUUCUUCGCCUGAAGCAUAAUGCAUCGGCCCGGCACAAGAGCGACUUGGACAAACGGCUGCUGCUAGAUCUGGCCAAAUCUUGUUUGUCUUUGUACGCAGAUGUCCGAAGAACGGCGCAAACAGCGCAAGAUUCAUCCCUCAAGGUCAUCAUUGGCGGCAAACCACUAGUCUUGCCCGUCAUUCUCAAUGGGCUACGAAAAGCCAUUGACGCGAAUGAUCACGAUCGCAUCAAGGGCGGCAUGUACACGUUGUUUUUCACCUCGCUGCUCAGAACAAUAACUCGAGAUUGGCGGUUUGCGCCUGAUGCCAUGGGCUUGUACAUUGAAACGGCAGGGAUCGACAAACCGUCGAUUCAGAACCUGGGUUCUUCCGCCCUGUACUCGCUCCUGGAGUUUGGCAAGGCCAACGAACGACUCAUCCUUGUCGAUGACGCGGUUCUCAACACUAUCCGACCGUUGGAAGACCCGGUCGAUGCCAUCGACUGCCGGCAUAAAAUCAUACUGGAAAGGAGAAACAAGGUGGAAACAGCAAAAGCUGUAUUGGGAUUGGAGCUCACCAGGAAAGCAAAGGGCGCCCACUGGAAGAUUGCCACGCGAUGCGCAAUCUUUGCUUUGAACCUGUGCCUGCGAUUUGACGACUUGGCUCCGCCAGAAUUCGUCGACCUGGUGGCGAAUGGUACGAUUGAUCCCCACCCCGGUCUCAGGGGGUACUACCUCAAUGCGUUUACGUCACUUCUGGGUGCCAUUGAUAUGCGAGCGGUGUACGGCCACGACUACACGAACUACCUGAUGGAGAAGGAAAUUGGCGACAGGAACAGGAUCGAUGUUCCAGUCGAGAAAGGGGACGCAGAAUUCACCCGCAAGUUCUUGGAAGCGUUCAACGAACCCGGCAGUGCGGAAUACUUGGUCGACUCUGAUCACCCCGGAUGGCUCGUCUGGGGCAGCAAGUUUACGGCCUUUCGGGCCAGACCAGUACCGUUUAAUUCUUACGACGAACUCGAGGCAAAAGUCCGCCGCCAGAUUGGCAGCAUACUGACAAAAGACUGGAUGUCCCAAUGCUUUGAUUACCUGAAACAGGAACCGCGGGAUUCCUCGUUUGAUAGAUUCAGGAUGAGCAAUGUGUAUCUGCUGAUGCAUGUGUUUGAUCUGACGUAUUACGGCAGUACAGACGUCACGCUGAACGAUAUAAAGGAACUGACUGAAGGGGUUUACGGAGAUGGGAGCGACAAGCAUCAACACCGGGCAACAGCCGAAAUCCUGGGCGCCUUGUUGGCGGGCUCCAGCGACGAUCCGGUGGACAUGCGCAACAAGGUGUGGGAGUUUGCAGCGCCCAUGCUCCUCAAAACGCUCAACGACGGGCUGACACCGGAGAACCUGCAAUACUGGCUUCCAUGCAUCCAUCUCAUUCUAGAUUCUCGGGACCCCCGCCGAUCGCGCGAAAUCAUUGAUGGCCUAAGGAGUUUCCGGCUCGACAUGACAUCGAAUGCGGCCUUCAAGGAGUCCUCAAAGGUCCAGUUGCUGGAGUUUGUUCUCGCCGACGGCGGCUGGCAUUUCCGCCGGGAAGAGCCAAUUCUGGACGACUUUCUUGCUCACAUUGACCACCCUUACAAGGCAGUUCGAGAGGCCAUAGGCAAACUGCUGUGCGUCACGUUUCGAACCCGCUACCACGAGUCUUUCGAAAGCGUUCCAAAGCUCAUUGAAGCGAACAAGGCGGCAUCGUCGAUUGGCAUCCGCCCUUACCAGCCAUCCGAAAAGUUGACGGCUGCCAUCAGGGAUGUCUUUGAUCGUCUAGAGAAGUGGCGGCACGAAAGAGAACCUGGGCAGCAGACUCAGUCGUCGUAUACAUCGGGCUCCAAGACUGUUCUCACCUGGCUGGAUUGCGCGCUGUCCUCUAACGAGUGCACCAUGCUGGUCCCGUUCUUCGCCACUCCUUUCAUGGAACAGUUGCUUCACAUGAUGGAUGUCAAAGAGGAUCCCGAGCUGAUGAAGAUUGCCUACCACGUCUACAGGCACCUGCCGAACAUACCUUUCAGGGAGGGUGAGGAUGAAGAGUUCAUCAACGGCCUCAUCAAGAUUGGCCGGUCCGCGUCCAGCUGGCACCAGCGGCUUCGGGCACUGGUCAACAUGCAGGUGGUCUACUUUCGGCGGAUAUUCCUCACGGCAGCCCGCCAGCGCGACGCUCUCUUCAAUGCCGUAUCGGACAUGUUGAGCGAUCCUCAACUCGAGGUGCGCUCGUGCGCUUCCACAACCUUGGCUGGCAUGAUUCGUUGCUCGCCACGACAUAUACGAGACCCGUUGAUUGCGCGGCUGCAGAAGCGGUUCGAGGACGAGCUGCAGCAGAAUCCCAUGCCGAGGAAGAAGCCCAACCUCCCGGGAACGGAGACUCCGGUAAACGUCCACAGACAAAUCACGCGUCGACAUGCAGCUGUUUUGGGACUGGGGGCGCUCAUCGAAGCCUUCCCAUAUGCCACUCCACCGCCAGAGUGGAUGCCGGAGGUUCUGGCUACUUUGGCACGCAAAGCAGCUGGUGAUCCGGGAGUGGUGGGCAAAGCCACAAAGAGCAUCUUGAGCGAGUUCAAGAAGACAAGACAGGAUAGCUGGAGCGUUGAUCAAAAAUACUUUACGCAAGAACAAUUGGAGGAUCUUGAAGGCGUGCUUUGGAAGAGCUAUUUUGCGUAG